AUGGCUCUCCUGAACGAGGCGUUCGCUGUUGGGGCACCUCAGCCUGUGCUGCCUGUUCUCAGGCCUGCCUCGAAAGCUGGCCGAUCCCCGCAGCCUGUGCCGGAACGAGGCGCGCAGCCGGCGUUGGCAGCUGUCGCCACGGUUCUGGCAGCAGGGGCUGCUGUGAAGAGGCGGUCUUCUGAGAGACGAGCUUCGGCUGUGCCAAGACGAGCCCAGGCCGCUACCGGCGUAAAGGCUCCAGCUUCGUCUGUCACAGCGUCGCCAGCCCACGGGCAGCGGCGUGCGCUGGUCGUCGGCGGUGGCGUGGCGGGAUUGGCCACAGCAGGGCAGCUUGCGAAAGAGGGCCUCAAGGUGACGCUCUAUGAGAAGAACAGCCAAGUGGGCGGACGCUGUCAAUCGAUGCAGUCGACGAAGGUCGACGGAUACCGAUGGGACACAGGGCCCUCUUUGCUGCUGCUCCCGAAGAAGUACGAGGACGCCUACAAACGACUGGGCAGCGACAUGAAGAAGGAGCUGAACCUCAAGCGUGUUGAUCCGCCAUACCGAGUCUCUUUCGGCGACGAGACCUAUGUGGAUGUGGAUUAUGACCCCAUGAAGAUGACGGAGCAAAUGGAGAAGUUCGAGCCUGGAUGCACAAGCAACUACUACCGAUUUCUGUCGGUGGCCCGGCGGAUGCUUGACAUGGGCUUAGAGCGUUUCGUCGACCGUCAGUUCGAAUCCUGGCCUGAGCUGGUGGAUCCCAUCGGCUUGCUGCCUGAGAUGAUCGAGAAAGGCUGGUUCUCCAUUCCGUUGAUUAACAUGCUUUUCUCUGUCGAUGACUUGAUGAAGUCAUGGUUCAAGGACGACCGACUGCGAGCAAUCUUUACAUUCCAGACCCUCUAUGUUGGCUUGACUCCCUACAAUUCUCCGGGGGCGCUUUGCUUGCUGGCGGGCACGGACCUCACGGACGGCGUGUGGUACCCCGUGGGAGGGUGGCAGGGCGUGAAGAACACGCUCGCCUCCCUCGCAGAGGGCCACGGCGUGGAGAUAAAAACGGGUGCGGAGGUGGACGAGGUUCUGGUAGAGGGCGGCAAGGCUGUGGGCAUCCGCCUGAAAAGCGGAGAGGAAGAGAAGGCCGACGUCGUCGUGGUAAAUGCCGACACACCCUGGGCAUACAAGAACCUGCUUCACGAUGUGCAGGCGCCUGCCGACCCCCAGGAGCCCAGUGUCGCAGCAACUGCUGCAGACUUGGAUGGGCGGGAAUACUCCUGCGGCGUCAUCGCGAUGUUCUGGGCUGUGGAUUGCAAGGUGGACUACCUCCGCCACCAUACCAUUUUCCUGGGAACGCCCGAGAACGAGGAGAAGGCGUGGACGCCGAUCACCAGCCCAGAAUCGAUAGCCGACAAGCCGAACUUCUAUGUGCAUUGCCCGACGAGGACGGAUCCGUCUGCUGCUCCCGAGGGCUGCGAGAGCAUCAUGAUUCUCUUCCCCGUUGCGAACAUGCAGCAGAUGGCCGCCGCCGGGUUCAAACCGGGUGCCAAAGGAGACCUCUACAAGGACAUCGCUGCGAAAGCUCGGGAGACGGUUCUGAGGCGGUUCAAGGAGGCGGGCUGCGGUGACAUCGAGAAGCACAUUGUGGAAGAGACCGUUCGAGACCCGGAGACCAUCGGGGAGCUGUACAACCUCGAGCACGGCGCGACUUUCGGCCUUUCCCACGGCCUGCUUCCCUGGCAGGGUGGCCUUGCUAUGACGCGGCCUGCGCCGAGGGCGCCCGAGGUCGACCGGCUCUUCUUCGUUGGGGCCGGGACGCGGCCGGGAAAUGGUGUGCCCCUUGUGUUGAUGGGCGCUGGCCUCACGUCCAAGCUUAUUCUCGAGGAGCUGUCAGAGUCAAAGGUGGCUGCUCGUGCGUGA